CCCAAAACGCUUCCCUUUCCCCCCACCUCUUCCUUCAAUUCUCCCGCUUAAUCACUAAUCCCAUCUGUCAGCUUGAUUGAGUGCAUCUGCUCCCCGCCCUUUCUCUAUCAUUUGCCAUCGCCUUCUGUCUUAACGUAACUGUCUGCUUACUGUUCCCGACUGAAAAAAAACGCGGCCUGUCUUCGCGCGCUCGAUUCCACCUUCCCUUCUGGUUACUUCACGAAAGGGAGCUAUAGUCUGUUCUCCUCAGUCAUCCUCAGUAAUCGUCUUCCGACUGCGAACAUCUAGAUGCCUGCCCCACCUCCACCUCCUGAGGAAAAGUCCCAGUGGGUUCGGGGCUCUGUUCCUCAGCAGGGGUACUCGUCGCCUUCGGGGUCUAUGCCGCCUCAUCCCUCGUCUCCAUACGCGCAUCAUCUUCCUCCGGUUGUAGGGGGUUCACAAGGACCUGACCAACACGCACCAAACCAAGGAGGGCCAGUUCUACCGCCGCCUCCACCCAUGUCUAUCAUCGGUGGACCACCUCCAAGAUCAGGCCCAUCUAUGCCGUCGUCGCGUCCCCCAUCCAGCCCGUCGCUCAGCAGUGUCCACGGCAGCAAUGCACAUCCUUCGGCCAUCAUGCCGCCUUCGUCUCAUGGCCCUCCACCGAGCCACAAGGCAUCCGAUGCCCACCUUCACCAUUUAGCAUCGUCUCCUCAACCAAACCACAUGGUCCCAUCGCCACACCCAGUGCAGUCUCCACACGGUCCUCACCCAGGCUCGCACAUCAAUCCACCGCCGCCCGCUAUUACACCUGGGCCUGGACCAGGACCGGGGCCUAACCCAGGUUCAGCUCCUCCGCCCCCUCAGCAGGCUCUCCCAGCCCCAAGCGGUGGACCAGCUUCUGCAUCUUCUGCAGCGAGCAGCUAUCGACCCUUGAACGUCAGAGAUGCGCUGUCAUAUCUCGAUCAGGUCAAGGUGCAGUUCCAAGAUCAGCCAGACGUUUAUAACCGCUUCCUAGAUAUCAUGAAGGACUUCAAGAGUCAAAACAUCGAUACACCAGGAGUGAUUGAGCGCGUUUCGACACUGUUCAAGGGACACCCAACUCUUAUUUCCGGAUUUAACACGUUCUUGCCUCCAGGAUACCGCAUCGAGUGCCUCAGUAGUGCCAACGAAGCCAACAUGAUCAGGGUGACGACCCCUUCCGGACACACGACAACGCAAAUGGGUGGACCAAUUGUCAUCCCGGAAAGACUACCGCCGCCUGCGCCUUCGCACUACAACCAGUCUUCAUACCAUAUGCAGCAGGGAAGCGGCUACCAGCCCUCGAUUCCAUCCAUCUCUCAGAUCCAACUGCCUCCUGUCAAUUCGUCUGGAUACAUGUCGCAGCAAUCUUCCCAGGCUUUGGGGCUAUCUGGAUCGCAGAAUGGUGCUAGCAGCAAGAAGACCCCUGUCGAAUUCAAUCAUGCUAUCAACUAUGUGCACAAGAUCAAGAAUCGAUUCGCGAAUGACCCCGAAACAUACAAGCAGUUUUUGGAGCUGCUGCAGGCGUACCAAAAGGAGAUGAAGCCCAUAACCGAUGUCUAUUCCCACGUCACUCUGCUAUUCAAGAACGCACCCGAUCUUUUGGACGAGUUCAAGCAGUUCUUGCCUGAGAACGGCAAUCCCCCCAAUCCUGAUUUAUUUGACGAGAUGAUGCCCCAGCCUUCGACACUGGCACCCCCUCCACGAUCUAUGCCAGUUCUGAGUACUCUCAGCAACGGUAUGGCUGUCGGCGACUUCCCCAGCCCAUCUUCCAGCGACAUGUAUGCAAAGAAAGGGACUCAAGUGCCUCCUACUACAGUCAUGCAGGGAUCUAGCAAGAAGAAGAGGCCUCCCACCGCCACAAAUGACCGACCGAUGCCAGAAGGCACACCCGGAUCGAACAAGAAGCGGUUGAAGCAGAGCAAUGCCACUGAGGGCGGCAUUUCUCCCCCUAUUUCUGCUAUACAGCCCACCGUGGUAACCAAGAACCCGGCCAGUGCAGAGGAACUCGCAUUUUUUGACCGCGUCAAAAGAUUCUUAGGCAACAAGCAGACGUACAACGAAUUCUUGAAGCUGCUUAACCUGUUCAGUCAAGAUAUUUUGGACCGCAAACUUCUAGUGGAGAAGGUGGAGACGUUCCUCGCCCCUAACAAGGAGCUGAUAGAGUGGUUUAAAGCAUUCGUAGGCUGGGAUGGCAAGGACGAGGUUAUUGAAAACGUUGCUGCUUACCGAGACAAGAUCGACCUGGGUAGCUGCCGAAGAUACGGAGAGAGCUACCGUCUGCUUCCCAAAAGCGAGACGAUGCUGCCUUGCACAGGUCGUGAUGAGAUGUGCUGGGAGGUCUUAAACGAUGUGUGGGCUUCGCAUCCAAACUGGUCUGUGGAGGGCGAGGGAUUCAUGCCGCACAAGAAGAACCAGUUCGAGGAGGUUCUCCACAGGUGCGAGGAGGAUCGUUAUGAGUUUGACAUGAAUAUUGAGGCCAAUCUCCAUACGAUUGCUCUUUUGGAGCCCAUUGCCAAACAGAUCCAGAACAUGUCGUUGGACGAGCGUGCGCGCUUUAAACUUCCGGAGGGCCUCGGAGGUUCAUCCAAGACCAUCUACAAGCGCAUCAUCAGGAAGAUCUACGACAAUGAGCGCGGUGCUGAUGUCAUUGAUGCCUUGCACAAUAAUCCAGCCAUCGCUGUGCCCGUCGUUCUCAAGCGAUUGAAGCUGAAGGAUGAGGAAUGGAAGAAGUCUCAGCGUGAAUGGAACAAGGUGUGGCGGGAGAUCGAUACCAAGAACUUUUACAAGGCAUUGGAUCAUCAAGGCUUUACGUUCAAGACAGCUGACAAAAAGUUCAUCACAACAAAAGCCCUUACCGGCGAGAUUGAAGCUCUUCGCCGUGAACAGAUUGACAGACGUCUUGUGCCAUCUGUUCGCCCUCGCUAUCAACUCCAGUUCCUUUUUAAGGACUCCAGCAUCUUCCGAGACACCAACAACCUCAUCAUGUCCUAUCUUGACAAGCAAAACUCGUUCGUCAACAGCGAUCGGGAAAAGAUGGAAAGCUUUAUCAAGGAGUUCGUGCCUCAGUUCUUCUGCUUGGACAGCCAGUUCAUGAAUGAUGACGACGUUGUGAUGGGUGGCGACGAUGAUCCAGACACCGGAAGUACUAGCAAGACAGGAGAUGCUCAGGUUAAGAUGGAGCCCAAGGACGAUGCUAUUCCUGUCACUGGUCCGAGAGUGCCUGUAGCGGCUGAUAAGGACCAGCAACGGGCUACAUCCCCCAGCAAUACAUGGAUCCAGGUCGGCAACUACGAUGUGAAGCCCACAAGUCUUGGUGCGGCUCCAGCCUCGAACGAAAUCAAGCGCACAGCGCUCAACUUUUUCGGAAACCAGACCUACUACUGCUUCUUCCGCUUGUAUCAGCUUGUUUACAGCCGCCUGGAGACGAUCAAGGUGGCAGCAUCUGAGAUGGGCAAGAACGUGUCAGAACGCAGGAUGGUCAACCCUGCUGCCAUUGACCUCGGCUUUCAGGACCCUGAUGCAACGGUUGAACCGGAGCAAAGCAAUGACAAUAGCGACAACUAUGCGAAGUUGCUUGCAUUCAUUCACAAGGUCUUUGAUGGCGAGCUGGAGCAGACAGCUUUCGAAGAGCAGGCACGCCACCUCUUCGCCACUAAGGCAUACAUCAUCUUCACACUGGAUAAGGUCAUCGGAGCGCUCCUAAAGCAUGUGCAUACAAUUGUUGUCGACCAACGAUGCAACGAACUCAUUGCCAUGUUUGUCAAGGAUCGUCAGCAUGAGAAGAACAGCAGGCGGCAACAGAUAAUCUACCGUAUGCAGGCUGAUGCCGUUGUUGGAGACGAGAACCUAUACAAGAUCGAAUAUGCCAAAGAUGAGGUAGCGAUGAGCAUCCAGCUACUGAGCAAGAACGACUAUACAUUGGACACAGCUAUCUCAUCGGAAGAAAAAUGGGGAUACUACAUCGAUAGCUAUGUGCUCUUGACGCCUACGGAGGGAGUGCUUCCAUCAAACUUCCCCACAUUCUUGAAGAGGAACCUGCCAGCUCAUAUUCCGGAAGAGCCCCCACAGGAUAUCAUCACACACAGUGGACUGGAGGUCAAGAUUUGCAUCAACACGUACAAGAUCUUCUUUGUGAACUCGACCGAGGAUUUCUUCAAGCGCAAGGGAUCGAGUGUAUCGAGGGAGAGACUAAAUGAAGGGCGCGCGAAGCGCUCAGAGAAGAUGCAGGCAUGGCUGAAGGCGACGCUGGAGGAACAAGAGUUAAACCAGGAGGAGCUGGAUACGUCGUUCCAGAAGUGGCUUCUGGAGGGACCUGAGGAUGCCAAAGAGGGUCUGGUCACGGCCGUGAAAACGAUACCGGCGACGGCAGACAGUACUGAGAAGAAGAUCUAUAGCACCACCGCAACGGCCGACAAGGAUGUGACGAUGACAAGUGCGGACGAUGCAUAACCGCGCACGAUGGAUCCGACCACCUGUGCCUCUGACGGAGGAUUGUAACGACUUCUCUCUUGGUGCGCCGGAAACCAUCACCAUUGACUUCGAGUGAGGUCCAGCUGAACGAUAAUUUUUCAUUUUUUUCGUAAUACAUUUUGUCAAUUGAAACCCAAGCGGGCAAGAGUGACGUGAU